CUUUUUAUAUGUGCAUCCGGUUCCAUUCAUAGUGGAGGGAAUUCCCAGGUUUGAUUAAAAACUGCGAAAAUUGAAAUAAUUAUCUUCAGCUAGCUUUUGUUGUGUUCAUCGUUCAAAAUAACUUUGAAGAAAGUGUAAUUAUAAUACUUAAGACUGAGGAAGUGUCAAAGAAUAAUACCUCAGCAAGUAUGUUCGGAGGAAAUUCGGGGGGAAGUGGAUUUACAUUUGGAACCCAAACACCAUCAACGCAAGGAGCUCCUGCUAGUUCCAGUACCUCUACACCGCUAGGAGGCGGGUUUUCAUUUGGACAAAAGCCGGCUGCUCCUGGAACAUCAGCACCUGCUUUCUCUUUGGGGGGACAGUCCCAGUCCUCUACCCCUGCCCAAGGGGGGUUUUCCUUUGGAUCAUCUGCCACUCCAGCAUCGGCCACGCCCGGUGGGUUUUCUUUUGGACAAAACCCUGGAAGUGUCCCCAAGGCCACACCCUCUACCCAGCCAAAUGCCCCCGCUUCCACUGGCACACAGUUGGGGGGACUGGCAGGAUUUGCCAUGGGUAAAAUGCCAACAGCCUCCAUAGGUACCCCAGCAGCAGCACCUGUAGGAGCCUCAGCUGCCCCGACAGGAACUACAGGUCUGACUUUAGGGGCCACUCCUGCCACAGCAGGGACAGGUUUCAGCUUAACUGGACAGCCUGCAGCUGCUACUAAGCCAGUGGGAAUUUCCCUGGGUACCACCCAGGCCACCCCUACAGCGGGCCCCACUCUGGGGACUCUGGGAACUGCUGCCUCCACAACAAUCACAGGAAAUCCCCUGGGGACAGCCUCCAGUGGUGGUGGGAUUACCUUUGGCACACAGAAAACAACAGCGGUGCCGACCCUGGGCUCACUGAUUGGUGGUGCUACUACAGCUGCUAGCACAACACAGAGCACCCUUGGCUUUCCAACAGCAGUUGCUGCUACAAGUUCGGCGGCAGUUAGCUCUGCAGCGGGAGUAACGGUGGCAGCAGCAAGUGCAGGCUCCAAGAUGUCGUACCAACAGCUUGAGGAGAACAUCAACAAGUGGAUGUCGGAGCUGGAGAAACAGGAACAGGACUUUCUGGAGCUUGCUACUCAGGUCAACGCCUGGGAUCGCCUCCUUGUGGAGAACGGAGAAAAGAUCACAACACUAAACAGUGACAUGGAGCGUGUUAAGGUAGACCAGCAGAAGCUUGACCAUGAGUUGGACUUCAUUCACUCCCAGCAGAGAGAGCUGGAGGAACUCCUGGCCCCGCUGGAGAAAGCCGUGGAGCAGCAGCCAAACAUCAACAUUCAGCAGCAUUCCGCUCUGGAGAGGGAAAACACAUAUCAGUUAGCCGAGAAUAUUGAUGCUCAGCUGAAGAGAAUGUUGUCAGAUUUGAAGGAAAUUAUCGACCACUUGAAUUCAUCAAAUACAAACCAAGACCAAACAGACCCAAUUCAGCAAAUUACAAAGAUUCUCAACUCUCACAUGGAUUCCCUGCAAUGGAUUGAUCAGAAUUCAACUCUUCUUGGAAGGAAAGUUGAUGAAAUUUCAAAACAGAUGGAGGUUCAAAAGAGAGAACAGGAAAGGAAUUUCAGACUUGUGUACAACUGAUAGUAGUUACCUACCAGUAUUCACAUAUUCACAUAACUGAUCUGUAAUUCAUGGAUUAAAACAGACUGAGCAUCACAGAUUUUGAAAAUGUGCGGACAUGAGACUUCUAUAAGAGAUCUAAUAUGAUUGUUGUACUUCUUCUCAUUUAAAAAGACCUUGUUGGUUUCAAGGAGAAAUUGAACUGUUGUUUGUGAAUUGCAACAUUUAUUAUUGUCCUUCUCGUAUGUACAGGUUGUCCCCAAAGACUAAACAACAAUAAAGGUUCCAGAUUACAGUUAA